CGAAGAAGAAGGAAAAAAAACAAAAAAAAAUUCGUUUCUUUUUCCAGAGAGGUCUUAAGAGAGAGAGAGGAGAGAGAAAGAGAAAAAAAGGAUUCGCUUUGUAUAUAAGCUACAGAAAAGCCAAAAAACAAUCUAGAGGUUGGGAGAAGAAGAAGAAGAAGAAGCUUUUGUUCUCCCAACUGUUAAUAAAAAACAACGACGACGGUGACGGCGGAAGCUGAGAAGCUUUUGUUGUCAAUGGCUGACUCAUACGGCGCCGUUUCCGUCGACGUUGAAACGAUCUAUCUUGGUGGCAAGGAGCAUCGUGUCAAAACUGCAAGUGGUGUUGUAUCUGUCAUUGUGUAUGGAGACCGAGAAAAGCCAGCAUUGAUUACUUAUCCUGAUUUGGCCCUUAACCAUAUGUCAUGCUUCCAAGGAUUAUUCUUCUGCCCUGAAGCAGCUUCGUUGCUGUUACAUAACUUCUGCAUUUACCAUAUCAGUCCACCAGGGCAUGAGUUAGGAGCUGCUCCGAUUUGUCCUAAUGAUUCAGCUCCUUCUGCUGAUGACUUGGCAGAUCAGAUCCUUGAAGUUCUUAACUUUUUCGGCCUUGGCGUUGUGAUGUGUAUGGGUGUGACUGCAGGUGCUUACAUCCUCACCUUAUUCGCGAUGAAACAUAGAGAACGUGUUCUCGGUUUGAUUCUUGUCUCGCCAUUAUGCAAGGCCCCAUCUUGGUCUGAAUGGUUUUACAACAAGCUUAUCUCAAAGUUGUUAUAUUACUACGGGAUGUGUGGAGUGGUAAAGGAAUUUUUGCUUCAGAGAUAUUUUAGUAAGGAAGUUCGUGGUAAUGUCGAGAUUCCAGAGUCAGAUAUAGCACAGGCUUGCCGAAGACUGCUUGAUGAGAGACAAAGCGUGAACGUUAUGCGGUUUCUUGACGCCAUUGAUCGGAGACCUGACAUCUCAAGUGGAUUGAAGAAACUAAAAUGCAGGACACUUAUCUUCAUUGGAGACCAAUCUCCCUUCUACUCAGAAGCUGUUCACAUGGCAGCAACUUUGGAUAGAGGAUACUGUGCUUUGGUUGAGGUUCAGGCUUGUGGUUCAAUGGUAACAGAGGAGCAACCGCAUGCAAUGUUGAUCCCAAUGGAAUAUUUCUUGAUGGGUUAUGGAUUAUAUAGACCAUGUCUUUUCUCAGAGAGCCCUAGAAGUCCUCUUAGCCCUUCUUGUAUUGCACCUGAGCUUCUCUCUCCUGAAAGCAUGGGAUUAAAGCUUAAGCCUAUCAAAACCCGACUCUCAGCGGCUUAAGUUUGUGUGCUACUGAUUCAUUGGUUCUAAUUGCUGAGGAGAAAAUCUUAGGGCUUUUGUAGAUAUAGAACAAAUCACUAGGGAGAUUCGAGAAGAAGACGAAGAGGACAAAUUUCCAAGUCAUCCUUAUAUAUAUAACACAUUCUUUUGUAGUCAGCAGACACGACAGUUCUCUUGUUAAGAAGCCACAAAAUGUUGUUUAUUAUUUCAUUUCUUAUACAUAUGUAAAAUGUUCUGUUGUUGUGACAUUGUAACAAUUGUUUUGUGAUGGACUCUGCAGAUUCAAGUAAUAAAUUCAUUUUGCACCUU